AUGCGUUGUAGCCCAUGCCGCCCGACAACCCGGCGUUGGUAGGUCGACCACCGCCAUACGCGAUUGGCGACGGGUACCGUAUGGGUCCUUUUACGCAGCGUUCUCUGGGACAGCACCAAUUGCCUUCAGAGAGCAACCUGACUCCGGGCUUAUGGUACCCAAUGCCCAUUCGGCCAUUCAGCCCAUAGCCCGCCAGACGUAUACACGAUGACUUAUGACAAUCUGUGCACCGGCGAAAGACAUUUAGGAUCACUUGGUUUAAAGAUAUUGAAUGGGUCAACUGUAUUGCCUGUUUGCGUACUUUCUACGAAAAUGUAGGCUGCCGGACCCACAAUCUGAAUCACUUAUGAAUAUGUUUUUUCUCGAUUAGGCGCAUCCACAUGUUUAAUGGUUGUUAUACGAAGCCAUAUGAACAACGGUUGCCGUCUGCGCACCAACUUAGGACCCCCGACAGCAUGGCUGUUGCUGUUGCUUUUGUCGGUCGAAUUCGUUUUCCUCCCGCGGAUCUGGGGUCCAACGUUAGCCGAUGCUGCAGCUGGCGCAGCCGCUACUGACACGCCGUUACCUCCCAGCCGAUGUCCUGGCAGCUGCACCCUGCAUGGCACCUGCAAUGAGGAGCUCGGCAGGUGCGACUGCCCCCGCCACCUGAGCGGCCCCGACUGCUCCCGGCGGCUGCCGCGCCCCGAGCUGCUGCAGCGCUGCCGCCAGCAGGGCUACUCGGGGCUGAAGGAGUGCCUGGAUCCAGAGCAGAGCUGCCUCAACCGCUGCAACCGGCGGGGCAGCUGUGUGGCGGGGUUCUGCCACUGCAAGCCAGGCCACUUUGGCGCCGACUGCUCCCUCUCGCUGGACUCCGCGGGUCGGCCCGUGCUGCUGGCGGGAAGCGGAUACAGCACACGCACCAAGAGGCCGUGGGUGUACGUGUACGAACUGCCGCCGGAGAUGACGGUGUGGUACAACUUCCGGCGUCUGGACCGGCCACUGCACCUGCUGCUGUGGCAGCGCCUGCUCAGCAGCGGCGCGCGGGUGGCGGACGGGGCGGAGGCGGACUACUACCUGCUGCCUGUCAGACAGCGCAGCUUCUCCGACUCCCCCCUGCUUGAGGCCGCCAUGCGCUACAGCGCCGCCCACUGGCCCUGGUGGAACGGCACGGGCGGGGGGCACCGGCACCUGGUGCUGCACACGGGCGACUGGGGCCGGGCGGAGGCCAGUCCCGAGGUGCAGCUGCUGGGCUGGAACAUGAGCUGGCUGACACACUGGGGUCUCACCAAGGAUCGUGACAUACCCCGCUGGAGCCGUUCCUUCCGACCUGACAAGGACGUGGUUCUCCCCGUCUACAUCUCCCCCGGCCACUUCGUCAAGUUUGGCAUGACACGCUCGCCGCUGCACCCACGGCUCGCCGCCCGCGCCGCCGCCCGCAACCGCACCGCCCGCACCGCCGCCACGUUGUUCUUCGCGGGGCGCAUCUGCCCGGACCAGCGCUACCCCACCCCCGAGACGUGGCCCCACUGCGGCGGCCAAAGCAGCGACAACUGGUACAGCGGGGGGAUACGGGAGAAGGUGGUCGCUGCCCACUGGUCCCGCCCCGGCUUCCACCUGGUUGCCUCCGAGCCGCGGUACGGCGCCUACCUGGCAGGCUCCACCUACUGCCUGGCGCCGCCGGGGGCGGGGCAUGGGCAGCGGCAAAUCCAGGCCCUGUUCAUGGGCUGUGUCCCGGUGACGGUGGCGGACCACGUGGCCGAGCCCUUCGAGCCCGCCCUGUCCUGGCAGCGCUGGGGGGUGCGGGCGGCGGAGGCGGACAUACCCCGCCUGCAUGAGCUGCUGGCGGGGGUCGGCGAGGAGCAGCUGGCGGGCAUGCGGUCCCGCAUGCACUGCGCCGCCCAGCACAUGCUGUACAGCAGCAUCUCUGGCGGGCUGCUGGGCGAGGACGGGCGCUACGACGCGUUCGAAAGCGCGCUGGAGGUGCUGCGGGUGCGGGGGCGGCACCCGGGGGAGCCGCAGGCGAGGUUCGGGCAGCUGGAUGCGGACUUUGCGGAGUUCAUGAGCUG